GCAUUGACGUGUGUACUUGUGGAGUUGCGUCGUGUUGUCAAAAAGGAUUUGCUCGGCGAGGAGAAUUUGCAAAUGGAGGAGGGUUUUCUCUAAACAACGGAAGGGGGAGAAAUCGUUAUGUCUGAGGCUCUUUAUGAAAAGUUCCUCGCCCCCGAGGAACCCUUUCCACUGCUAUCGCAGCGAGGGAACUUCAGUGAGGCAGGCACGUUGGAUGUUAGUGACUUUGGCUUUCAGUUGUCGUCUUGUCACCGGACAGACCCUCUGCGCCGCUUCCAUAGUAACAGAUGGAACCUGACUUCCUGUGGAACCAGUGUGGCCAGCUCAGAAUGCAGCGAGGAACUGUUCUCCUCUGUCUCCGUGGGAGACCAGGAGGACUGCUACUCCCUCCUGGACGACCAGGAGUUCACCUCCUUCGACCUGUUCCCAGAGGGCAGUGUCUGCAGCGAUGUGUCCUCCUCUAUCAGCACUUACUGGGACUGGUCAGACAGUGAAUUUGAGUGGCAGUUGCCUGGAAGCGACAUAGCCAGUGGAAGUGAUGUGCUCUCUGACAUCAUACCCAGUGUUCCCAGCUCCCCAUGCUUUUCCUCCAAGAGAAAGACCAAACCACAUAGAAAUCUGGAUGAGCUCCCCUGGAGUGCUAUGACCAAUGAUGAACAGGUGGAAUAUAUUGAAUAUCUGAGCAGAAAAGUCAGCACGGAGAUGGGGCUACGAGAGCAGUUGGACAUCAUCAAGAUCAUUGACCCGUGUGCACAGAUAUCCCCCACAGACAGCGAGUUUAUCAUCGAGCUCAACUGCCUGACGGACGAAAAACUGAAACAGGUGAGGAACUACAUCCGGGAGCACAGUCCACGACAGCGCCCAAGCAGCACCCGGGACAGCUGGAAGAGGAGUGGCCACAGCAGUGCUAGCACCAGCGGGGUGAGUGGGGCCAGCAGCAGCAACGCUAGCAUGGUCAGCAGUGCCAGCAGCUCUACCGGAUCCACAGGCUCUACCGGCAACUCUGCCUCCAACUGCAGCGCGGCUAACAUCAGCCGCGCCCACAGCGACGGGAACCUGUCCAGUGCCGCUGAGCGCAUCCGGGACUCCAAGAAACGUUCUAAGCAGAGAAAGCUGCAGCAGAAAGCUCUGCGUAAGAGACAGCUGAAGGAGCAGAGACAGGCCCGCAAGGAGAGGCUGAGUGGCCUGUUCCUCAAUGAAGAGGUGCUGUCGCUCAAAGUCACAGAGGAGGAGGACCGUGGAGAAGAUGUGGUCGACGUCUUGAUGUGACAAGAGUGAAUGAGUCAGUGUUCCCUCUAAGCCUCACAAUAACAUCUUCCACAAAUGUUGCAGGUGGUCCCACAUCCUAGAGCCCCGUUCACAUUGAAGCAAAGCUGCCCUAUUGGAAUCAUUCUGGAGUUCUAUUUUAUAUCCUUAGAACAGGACGCCUGCACAGAAUUCUAAAAACUGAAGCAUCUUAUGUUUAGGAGAAACUCAUACUGAGUUUUCUUUUUCUUUAAUGUAUGAACAUUGGGAGAAUUAUUCUGCUAAGGCAAAAAAAAAAACUGAGCAUUAAUAUUGAAUAGGAGUAUUCAAGUAAAACUACUAAAUGUACUACCAAGAUUAACUUGAUGAUUCUGUGAUUCAUUUAACCUUGAAGGCGUAGAGGGAACACUGAAUCAAUGCAUGGUGAACUAACAGUUGACAUUAUGAGUUGUAAAUGCUCAUUAACAUAUUUUCAAUGGCUUCUUAAUAUGUUUUUUGUAUAUAAAUGCAGUUAAAUCUUAAAGAACAGUUUUUACAUAAAGGUUUCCCCUUAAGUUAAAAGUUGAAGGCCUACAUGCUCAUAAACACAACAGGGUUAAGUGGUAAUACAUAGUUGGCCUCUAACAGAUGCAUAGAAGUGCAACAUUGAAUCCUGCAUUGUCAAAAGUCUGAUUUUAAUAAUUCACAGAAAUCUGUUUUUAUUUUCCUUGUGGUGUCUUUUGUGCAUUGGGGGGGGAUAGGGUUGAGAAUUAAAUGUAAAGUAAUGCAGGUACCCAGUGCAUUGCAAAUUAGAGAGAUUCCCAUGUUGUUGAAUAACAUGGAACUGUAGUAUGACUGCAUGGUCUUUAGAUGAGAAGGUAUUUCUUGACAUCUUUGCUUACUCUCCUUGGAUAUUGUGGUGGACCCCAUCCUGUGGAGCUACAGUAUUUACUCUUUCAACAUGAACACUUAACACUAACUACUGUACAUUAUAAAAUGUAUUUACCUAAAGAAGCUUUAUCAUCUGUAUACUUUGCUUUGUCUUUUUUCUGUAUAAAGUUACCCCUUUUGAGUAAUUAUAAAAACAAUAUAUUAGAUCAACUAGAUAUUGUGAGUAGAUCUUUAUUUUGAAUGGGGGAAAAAAUAUGAAAGCCAUGAAACAUAACUAUUUCUGUAUAUAUUGUACCAUUAAUUCUGGGGAACAAAGGUUACUGGACCAGGUUAGGGAUUAUUCAUUGCUGCUUUCUUGGGUGUCCAAUUUCAAGUUGCUGUAUAUGCCACAACAAUGUAUUCUUGACAUGAGCGAGAUAUUGCGAAAUGUAGUUGCAGAACAGAAGCAUACCAGAAUGCGGUUGUUUCUGUGUAAUAUACUCAAUUGUAAUGUAACGCAAAUUGAGAAAUAAAUUGCCAUCGAUGCAUCAAAUUUUC